CCCAUUUUCCUGGCAGAUGUCGCUGAUGGCAGUGGCAGAUAAUCCAGGAUCCUGGUUUUGAUACAAGUUGGAUUUAGCCAUGGCCAUGAUACCAACAUCUGUCAGGAUGCUGCAGUGAUCUUCCAAACACACACAGAGCAACAGCACAGGAUAUUGUACAUUUCCAUUCUGGUAAAAGAGGGGCAAGAACUACUACCCAGAAUCAAGAUUUGUGAAUGUGCUCAUGAGUAAUGGGGAAGACAGGCAGCAAAGUGCUGAGAGAGACAUCUUUGGAUGGAGUUCAGCCACAGCAGCCUGCACCUGCUGCUGCUAUUGAGGGGCUCACCAAGACCAAGAAGAUGAAGGUGAAAUGGACUCAGUUGGGCAUGGUGUUCUUCCUGUUGCUCUCCCUGGUCAUGACAGGAUGUUUCCUCUGGCAGUACCAGCUGCCAAAGUUACUGCCAGAUGAAGGCAUGGGAGGCAAUGCCAAAUCAGAACGGAUGUGCCCACGCUUCCCUGAGCCUCUCCCCCUGGAACACCCUAUCCCUACCCUGAAAGAGGCACUAGAAAAGGUGGACAUACUGCUGCGCCAGAGUAUCAACCCUGCUAGUCUUCCCUCUUUGUCGGCCAUUGUGAUUUUCAAUGACACCGUUCUGUGGACUGGUAACUUUGGCAAGAGGAACGGAAGUGACCCACUCUCAGCUCCACCCAAUGAAUACACCAUCUAUAGGAUUGCCAGCCUUUCAAAGAUCUUCCCAACGCUGAUGCUGUACAGGCUGUGGGAGGAUGGGAAGAUUGCCUCUCUGGACGACCCACUUGAGAAAUAUGUGGAGAACUUCACCAUUAAAAACCCUCUGGGCAAGUCACGGGACUCUGAGCUCAAGUACGUGACAGACGGUCUGAUCUUUCUGGACAGUGGAGAGGUUCAGAUCCGCUCCUCCUCUGUCACCCUGCGAAGGAUGGCCAGCCAGCUCUCAGGUCUACCCAGAAGACUUAGAGCCACUAACCUGCUAUGGAAGGGGAAAACACAGGCUGCAGUGAAUCUGUUGCAAGACGAUGUCCUCGUUGCAGACCCUGGCACCAAAUGCCACUACAGUAACCUAGCCUUCUCCUUAUUGGCCCACGUCAUGGCUGAGAAGGUGGUGGGCAUGGACUACCAGCGCUGGAUCAAUGAUAACAUCCUCGACCGGCUGGGGAUGGAGGAUACAGGCUUCGACAUCACCCCAGGGAUCCACAGCCAGAUGGCUGUGGGCGUCUACUCCAGUGGCCAGCCAGCCCCUCUGUACGACCUGGGUUGGUACCGCCCCUCAGGCCAGAUGUUCUCCACUGCCGCUGACCUUGCCAAGCUGGCUAUGAUGCUGCUGGGUGCCUACCAUCGCAAGCUCCUGGAGCCUGACACCCUGAAAAUCAUGCUGACCCCUCUGUUCCGCUGUGAUAAGGACUACUUUGCCAACCGCACCGGCACACCAUGGGAGGUGAAUGAGCAGUUGGGCUACGAGGUGGUGCGUAAAGACGGAGACCUAGACGGCUACUCAGCCACCUUCUCACUGGUGCCCAGGCUCAAGCUGGGCCUGGUAGUGCUGAUGGCUGGCACCAGACCUCAGAACCAGGAUGUGUUGGCCAAGGCUUACAGCCAUAUAAUACCCGCCAUGGAGAGGGCUUUCCGGGAGUCCAAGAAGAUCCUCAUCCCUCCCCCUAAUCCAGACCCUUACAUAGGCUUCUUCACCUACGGAAACAUCACCUUCUAUGAGAUCAAAGCUGGGGCAGACGGUGUUCUGAUCAUGCAGCAGUUUGGUCCCCAGAUUGAGGACCUGAUCCCAGAGAGAUAUAGGACAAUAAAGCUGAACUACCUGGUGGACAGGGUGUUCAGGGUGGUGUUUGAGAAAGAGUACCCUUGUGUCUUGCGGGUCAGCACCGCGUCUGUCUCCCUUGAGGCCCAAGACGGGCAGCUCUUUAACUUUUAUGUGUUCGACAAGCGAGGUCUGUCCCCUGGCUUCGAUGCACCAGGACUGAAUACGUACAAUGUGGUCAGGAUAGCCCAUAGGCCGACUUUCUCGAACUAACUGAACUCAUACAUUGGAAAGGCCAUGAAUGUGCAGGAUGAAGGUCCUGUUUGGGUCUGUAGCCUAUAUUUAAUAGUGAUAUUCUAUAUUGAAAGAGCACAUUGCUGGAGGACAGUGAGUGGACAAUAACAUGAUGCAUUGCCAAAGAAGGUACACAGCUAGACAAAAAGGUGUUUAAUUUACCAAUUGUUGUCAACUCUUGUACAUAAUGUUUUCUUUGAUUUCCAUGUCAAAUAAUGGCAUUGUACAUAUUCAUCAUUUUUAUACAGUUGGUAACCUGACCUUAAACAUAUUAUACUGUACACAUUUAUUGUAUUGUGACACAGUAAUAGAGGGGUUGGUUGUUUGGCAACAAAACCGAUGCGCGUGCAACCAUGGGGCAAAAUAGACUGGUUUGGCUUGGAUUGUUGACAACAUGUAAACUAUAUUUAGUCUCUUGAAAACAUAAAUACAUUUUCACAAUGAGAACUUGUUGUCUCUCAAAUACAUUGUUACAGUUGUUGGUGAGCUAGCUAGCAAAUUCUAGCCAUAUUAGCAUUGACAUGACAUCAGUCCGAACACCUCAAAACAAGUAAUGGUAUCAAUAACAAGAUGACAUGAGCUGAAACAAGCCCCACAUGGUAGUUUCUUGUCAUUCUUUCUAGCAAUCUGGCCAUCCAGAAUGACAACAACAUGCUGUCUUCUGUCCCAUGGAAGCGCGCACAUCGUUUUCGGGAUGUUGUCAGCUAUCCCAUCUAUUGAGUUUUUCCUAUGUUCUGCACAUUGUUACCUUACCUUUAUCAGCUUGUUCUAUCCUUACAUUGCAUUUGUAAGAAAAGACUGCAUGGAAAUAUGGCAUGCGGGAAUCAAUCAACACAAUUCAAUUGUAACACUUUCAUUUGUAUGUGGAAGUUCAUGUUUUCUUGCCCUGUGAAUUUCAUUUUGAUUAAUCAAAAGAUGUGCAAUGUAUGUUUCUACUGCAGCAAAACAUGGAUAUAUUUGUAUUUGUUAUCAAUGAAUCGCCUGAUCAUUUUUGACCUACAAAAAACCCAUAAGAUAUGUUCAUGCCAAACAAAAAUAAAGUCUGAUUUUUAAA